AUCCAGGCGCCAAGCUGGCUCGCUGGGUCUGUCUACUCACUCAUGGCCCAGAAAAGCUAUCAGGGUUGGCAGCUCAACCUCAGAGCUUACGAAGUGGUAAAAUACUUCAGCGACGAAUUAUAUGACUGCAUCGAAAAUGACAACCCCUCUGGAACUCUCCGAGUGCUCUCCAAAUACAACAUGACUCCCUUCGCAAAAGAUCAAUUUGGAAGAAGCCUGCUACAGGUGAGAGUAUUCGCUCUCACGGUGAUAUCGAGAUUUGGUGACUGAUGAGGCCGAGUCAACCGCAGAUCGCAGUCCAGAAGAAAUCUGUCGGAGUAAUCAAACUUCUCCUAGAUAAAGGACUUGCAUGUUUUCUACAAGACCCGUGGAGUAAUUCAGUCGAAUGUAAUAGAUAUCCCUUCUUACUUUACCAACUCAAAUCUUUGGGCCAGCCAUCUCGAUAUCAUGAUUUAGAACCUACGCUACGAAGGCUGUUUCUAGAUAACUUCCUCGAUGAUUUCCUCGAAGAUUCGAAGCAAGUUUCAGUUCUCCUUGAAUUCGGCAUCAGUCUAUCUUUCCUUCGAUUACUUUUGAAACGCAAUAACCACAUGAACACAUCGUUUUCCUUUCUCACACGGCUGUUCCACUUCAGACUAGUUGCAGUCAAUUGCAGCUGGGAGGCGUGCGAAAUUUAUUCCAUAUUCCCAGAAGCUCGAUGCCUUGACGCACACCCCGGAAUACUUGCCUAUUCCAGAAACAUCAAGGGAUACGCCCUAUUUCACUCAUUCGUCAUAGGAAUGGCCGGCAACUUUACAAGAAAGAGUUGCCACCCAAAUCCUGAUCAGUGGGCCGUAUCAAGAGAUCUAUGGAAAAGAUUACUCCAUGACAGCAUCAGGUUGGACUAUUCAAGUCUACACCAUAUUGAUAGAACUUCAGUUUGGUCAAAGAAUAAGUUCAUGAGCUCACCCCUGAUCGCAGUCAUCAACUCAGUGAUGGCUGCGGAUUAUUCGAUUUUAUGCACAGCGGAACAAGUAUGCAAAUCAUUGGUAGCAACACUUUCCGAGUGGGUCACGAUACUCUCCUCCAGCGAUGUAGAGCUUCUGGACUACGGGCGUGAAGAGAGGCACAUGUACGAGCAGGGUCUUACAGCCGUGUCGCAACGAUGGGCUCCUUGGAAUUAUGAAAGUAGAGGUACAACUCGAUUUUCUCUCUUAGGUAUCACCUAUGGCUCUAGUCCAAGCCACUGGAGGCUAUGGUGGACGUAUGAGUACGAAGAUUACGCUGGGGAGUUUUGGAACAUGAUCCAAGAUGAGGCAAGCAAGGUGCCUGGUGCCUGGGUUGAUGACUCUUGGGACCCAGAUGACUAUCGAGAAGAGGUGUGGGAUAGGUUGCAAGCAUGGGAAGAUGAGCAGCCCAUCCCGUUGAUCUGGUCCGAGCAUCGCAGAGUUCGGCCGCCAAUCUGAGUUAGUACUCAAAUCACCAAAUCAGUCGUAAGACACGCAGCUGGCCCCUUGUGGAGUCAUCACUCUUGAAGUAAAUUUGAGGUUUGAGGUUUCUCAUACAAUGCUUUUUCCCCUAUCAA